CCUCUCCCUCGCCCUUUGCUUUCUCUUCCUGUUCUCAACGAAUAGACAAAAUUCGGAGGACAACACAUAGCACGUAGGUAGCUGGCUCUAUCAUUUUGAAUCAGGUACCGAGUGGAAAUAGUUGUCGAAGAGUAAGACCAGGAGGAUCGUUCAAGGCGAGCAGCAAGAACGUGGAGAGUCGAAAGAAAAGAGCGAGAGUCUACAAGGUAAAGAGCGACGCUUGAAUCGACGAUUUCUAUUUUGCCAUUAAAAAGAUGCCUAACAUAAAGCUGCAGAGCUCUGAUGGCGAGGUGUUUGAGGUUGAUGUCGAGAUCGCAAAAUGUUCGGUCACCAUCAAAACCAUGUUAGAGGAUCUUGGUAUGGAUGAAGAUGAGGAAGAGGUUGUGCCGUUACCAAAUGUUAAUUCCGCAAUCCUCAGGAAGGUUAUACAAUGGGCUACAUAUCACAAGGAUGAUCCUCCACCACCAGAAGAUGAUGAGAACAAAGAGAAGCGUACUGAUGAUAUCAGUUCAUGGGAUGCUGAUUUUCUGAAAGUUGAUCAAGGUACUCUCUUUGAAUUGAUUUUGGCAGCUAAUUAUCUCGAUAUCAAGGGUCUGUUAGAUGUCACGUGCAAAACCGUCGCUAAUAUGAUCAAAGGUAAAACACCUGAGGAGAUACGUAAAACAUUCAACAUCAAGAAUGAUUUCACUGCUUCGGAGGAAGAGCAGGUGCGCAAGGAGAACGAAUGGUGUGAAGAGAAAUAAAAUGGAAAAAUAUCUCUGAAUGUUGAACAAUUGAUCAUUGCAUUACUGAACUUUAGAAUUUAGUAACUCUGUUGUUUUAAUAAAUUUUUCUCCAGUGAGAGUAAGAUUUAAAAAAAAAAAAUAGUCGACUAAUUGUGGUAAAAAUACUAAAAUUGUGACCACUUCCUAUUCUACCACUAGAUCCAUUAUUUAUUUUCCAUUAAAAAUAAAUAUAGAAUUAUGAAUUACUGUGUCAGAGAUAUAACCCUAUCUAUAUACUUUAAUU